CUUCCACGUUGUUAGUUAUACAGACUGAUUACAGAAUAUGAAGGUGUGGAUGACUGAAUGAAUAUUUAUUUUGUGUCCUCACACAGAUGAUGUGCAGCCCCUGAAGCGCAGCAGCAGUUAUGGUUUUCUGCCACCUACAAUGUCUGAGCUGAGGGUUGUUCUUCUGGGGAACAGCUGGUCUCAGAGGAGUUCAGUGGGGAACUUCAUACUGGGACAGACUGUGUUCAACACUGAGGAAGAACCAGACUGCUGUCUGAGAAUCGGUGGACCAUUGGAGGAGAAAAAAAUAGUUCUCAUCAACACCCCAGAUCUGCUGCAUCCAGACAUCUCUGAAGACAAACUGACAGAACAUGUGAAAACCUGUGAGAGACUCUCUGAUCCUGGACCUCAUGUGUUCCUGCUGGUUCUACAGCCUGAAGACUUCACUGAGGAACACAAACUGAAGCUCUGCAGAGUCCUUCAACUCUUCAGUGAUCAAUCAUUUGAUCAUUCACUGAUUCUGAUAUCAACACCCAGAGAGGAGAGUCCAGGAUUCAUGGAAAAAUACAUGGAACACCGUCCAUUAAAAGACAUGAUCAGAAAAUGUCACUACAGGUUUUUGUGGCAGAAGAAUCUUGAACUUCCAGAGCUGUUAACACGUUUGGGUCAAAUUGUAAAGGAGAACAAUGGAGAGCACGUCAGCUGUGAUGUGUUUGAGGACGCAACAUCGACUUUACCAGGAGAUCAUCAGAGACCAAAACAACAGGAAACACAGACUUCUAUCAUGGGUGCUGUUAAAGCUGCUGGGCUGAAUAUAUUUAAAGGACGACGCUCAGAGAAAAACCCUUUGACUGACACAUCUGGAUUCAGGAUUGUGCUGCUGGGAAAAAGUGACGACAAACAGUCAAAACUUCAUGACUUCAUCAUCAGGGACCAGACUUUUAAGUACCUUCACUCUAAAAUUUAUGAAACCAGAAAAUAUGUGGGCACCUGUGGAGAGUGGAGAGGAAAACUAUUAACUGUCGUGAAAACUCCAGACAUCUUCAGUCUGUCUGUGGAGGCAGUGAGAGAAGAGAUGAAGAAGUGUGUGAGUCUUUGUCCUCCUGGACCAAAUGUUCUUCUGCUGUUAGUGAAACCUUCUGAUUUCACUGCAGAGAUCAGACAAACACUGAAGUUCAUCCUGAGUUUGUUUGGUCAAGAUGCUUUAAAACACUCGAUGGUCAUCAUUACACACAAUGAGAACAAAAGUUCUACUGUGAAUCAGCUCCUUACAGACUGUGGAGGAAGACAGUACAGCAUGUAUGAAGAUGACCACAGAUCAUUAAUGCAGAAGAUUGAGAACAUUGUGUGUGAAAACAAAGGAACCUUCCUCACCUUCACUGAAGACACCACAAGACCAAAGUCUGAAGACAUGAAACCAGCUUUAAACCUGGUUCUGUGUGGGAGGAGAGGAGCAGGGAAGACUUCAGCAGCCAAGGCCAUUUUAGGUCAGACAGAGUUUCCUUCAGUCUCCAACUCAUCAGAGUGUGUUAAACAUCAGGGAGAGGUGUGUGGACGUUGGGUUUCCCUGGUGGAGCUGCCUGCCUUGUCUACCUGUGGGUCCCUCACUGAGGGAAGACAAGGGGCGAGUUAG